GAGAGACAAUAAAGGGGAAUCCAGAGGAAUAGAGAGAGAAUUGGCUAUUUCUUUUUCCCCAUUUUCUCUUCACACCUCUUUCAUUUGUUUGGCCAUGGAACCUCCACGCCUUCCUUCUAUACUUCUUGCUCCCAGAUUCCUCCAUUGUUCACUCUUCCCCAGUCUCAUCAUCUCGAGAAAAUAGAACCAAAAUCAAAACAGUGUUUACUAUUAUUUGAUUUAUAUCCUUCUGGCAGUUCUGGGUCGUGGUAUUUGUGGUUCAUGUGUCGAGUUUUGCCAGAAAGAUUUGAUUAUUUGAGGUGAAAAAUUCUGGGCAUCUAUGCAACUACAAUUCUUUGAGACAGUUUGGAAGAAUUUGCCAUUUUGUUGUUUUGCUAUGUUGGUUUUUGGCGUUCUUGAAAAGAGAGAUUAAAAAAAAGGAGCUCUAACCCUUGGAUGGAAUCAUUGGAAUGGGGAUUGUUGUUGAGGAAUUGAGAAAAGGGAAGAUGAAAGGUGAGGAGAAAGACAAAGAGAAGCGGAUGGAUCAUCAUCCUAUAUUUCCCAGACUGCAUAUAAGUGAUGCAGAUAGAAGAGGGCCAAGGGCACCUCCAAGAAACAAAAUGGCUGCCCUUACUGAAGAACCAUACCCUGCAAAUUCCCUUCCACCAAUCUCAAUGCUCCCACUCCCACCUCCCAAUUUGGCUGCUCUGAGUCAUGCAGAUUCUAAUGAGAAAAUGUUUUCUACCUUCUGCUAUCCCUCUGGUCUAUCUCAUCCAUACGCCAGCGCUAUUCACUUUACACACGGUGAACCGAGUUUCACAACACCAAGAAAUCCAAAUUUAACGCCAAUAAAUUAUCAAUAUUUAAGUGAUACAGGGGAUUUUCCAAGCACCUCUGGCUAUAGUUUUUCUGCAAUGAAGCAUGGAAAUGAUGGUGAUUUUAGUGUUCCUAAAUUUUAUCACAUAGGGAAACAUCCUAAAAGUGAAAACAUAGAGAAGAUCGUUGAAAAAGGAAAGGAUACACCCUCAAGCUCCAAUGUUUGUAACAAAAUUCAAAGUAGUUCUGAAAAACCAUCUAAAAAGAGCCCAAAUGUGAUAAAGAAAAGGAACCACUUUGAAAAAGAGAGUUGCAAUCUGGGAGAUGAAUAUUUUGAAGACGAUGAUGAAUAUGGGAAGAUGGAGAAGAGUGAUAAAAAGAGGUGCUUCCAUGAUGGAAGACCAUGAUCAAGGGCCUUCUCAAACAGGCAGAAAUGGGGACAUCUCAAAUGUCUCAGAUGUAAAUUUAUCCCCCGAUGAUAUUGUAAAAAUGUUAGGACAGAAGCUAUUCUGGAAAGCUAGGAAGACCAUUCUGCAUCAGCAAAGGAUCUUUGUACAGCAAAUUUUUGAGCUCCAUAGGUUAAUAAAGGUUCAGAAAAUGAUUGCUCGUUCACCCGAUAUCUUAUUUGAAGAUAACAUCUAUACAGGAAAAUCUCUUAUGACAUCAUCUUCCACGAAGAAACUACCAUGCACUAAUGCUGUCGAACCGAAAACAUAUUCUUCUCCAAAGACAAAGGGCAUUUCGGGCAGUAGAGCAGAGAACAUAAGAGAUAAGAAGCCAAUUCUUCACGAAGAACCUUAUUCAGGAUUGGCAUCCCCUGCCCAUGAGGCAAAAUCAGGACCUUGGUGCUUACCCGCAAACCAAUGGCUUGUUCCCUUAAGAUCUCCUUCUGAAGGGCUUGUCUACAAACCUUAUUCGGGUCCUUGUCCCCCGCCUGGAGCAAUACUUGCCCCUCUUUAUGGAGGUUGCAGGCCAUUGAACAUAUCUUAUGGGAUCGGGCUUUUCCCUAGCCCGUCCGUUGGCCAGGCCUACUUUCAACCAUAUGCCAUGCCCGUGAUAAACUCACCCACACGUGAUCCGAGUUCGGUGAAACCAUAUGGAACAAAAGCAAUACAUAACACAUCACAUGGGGCCCAGAGUGGGAUCGUCUCGAAUGGGGCCCACCAAAGCUUGCAGACAGAUAGAGGGAGUGAUUUGCAGGGAAGUACUGCAAGUAGUCCUUCUGAGAGGGACGCACUCUCUCUUUUUCCCACCAAACCAACCGGAGAAGAUUCAGACCGACCUGUCCAUAAUCAGAACAACAGGCAAGCGUUUCGAGUGAUCAAAGUUGUGCCUCACAAGCCCAACACAGCAUCAGAAUCUGCCGCUCGGAUUUUCAAGUCAAUACAAGAAGAAAGGAAACAACAUUGACCGACUGUUUGUCACAUCUCAUAUAUACAUACAGUAAGUGUAGACUAAUAUAUUAAUGGCCAGUGCAGCAGUAGUUGGGUUU